AUUGCAUGGCGCAGAUCUCACUUUUCUAUAAAACCAGUUUUCUCCAUGAUUAAAUCUUUUGUAUUUUCAGCAAUGUCAGAAGGCAUCGUUCGAUAUUUUCCAGGGCUUCUGUAUCGGAAGCCACCAACAUCCCUCAUUAUCCCGUCAAACGUGACUGUAUUCUAAAGCCAUCCUUUUGAUUAAAGGAAAGUUAUGUCUAGAUUGGUCGUGCCCCCCGACAUCGGAUACAAGUCCAAGUCACCAUACAGUACACGCCAACAAAGAUUAUAUGCUCGUAGGAAUGGAGGAUGUCGAAAAGUUCCGAGAUUUGUGACAGCGCACUUAUAAAAACCUGUAUUUCAUCUUUGCUUCUAUUUCCCUUUAGAGUGAUGUAUUGCCAAAGGUCUAUUAGCAUGUCUUAUGCUCAAGAGGCUAAGGGUCACACGAAUCAAUAACAGUGAAAGAUGUCAGUACUCCCGUCUGCUAAUUGUAAACCCAUCAUCUAUAUUGUAAGAGGAAAACGAGCGUCGGAAAUGACCGAAAUGUCGGCUCUUUCGCCAUUGUUAUUUACGCUUCUUCUGUAUUUGACCCCGAAAAGUGUCAGCCAACAGUUGUUGCCCGAUGAACAAAAACUAUUAAACAACCUGGGACUGUUUGAUGCAGAGAUUUACGACAAAAGCGUACGACCAGUAUUUAACGCGUCCAAAACCGUUGUGGUCGAUUUUGGAUUUACUUUAAUACAAAUCGUUGAUAUGGACGAGAAAAACCAGGUUCUGGUCACGAAUGCAUGGCUUGUUCACAAGUGGAUUGACGACAGAAUUUCGUGGAACACCAGUGACUAUGGCGGACUGUACAACCUGAGGGUCCCUGCUCACAUACUGUGGUUGCCAGACAUCGUCCUGUACAACAAUGCAGAUGAUUACACGGCGGGUUUUAUGCCCAUUAACGCUAUGGUAUAUAACGACGGGACUAUAUUUUGGUCCCCGCCCUCCAAGCUUCGGAGUUCUUGUAAAGUCGACAUCACCUACUUUCCUUUUGACAAACAGAGUUGUCCGCUCAAGUUUGGAUCUUGGACAUACGACAAGGCCCAGGUAGACAUUACAGCCACCAACGGGACGGUGGACGUCGUCGGGUACACGUCAAAUGGAGAGUGGCUUCUGACUGGUCACUCCAUCACGCGUCACGAGAUUCAGUAUCCAAUCAGCAGCGAGAUUUACCCGGAUGUUACAGUUGUCAUAGUGAUGCAGCGUAGGAUUCUUUACUACGUUCUGAACAUCAUCUUCCCCUGCUUCUGGUUGAACAUCCUUAGCUGUCUGACGUUCUGGCUGCCCUCGGAUGCCGGAGAGAAGAUAACGCUCAACAUCACUGUCCUUCUGUCCUAUUCUGUAUUCAUGCUGGUGGUCGCCGAGAGCAUGCCUCAAACAUCCGAAUUUGUUCCGUUAAUAGGCAUUUACCUAACAAUAUCAAUGUCAACGUCAUCACUCUGUGUUUUCGUCACUGUGUUUAUUUUAAAAUUACACCAUCCUGGUCCCAGGCCUCACAGAGUACCUCGGUGGAUUCGAAUAGUUUUUCUUGGAUUUUUGUCAUCGCUGUUCAAAUGCAAAUGUAGUCGAAAAAGAAAACGUUCAAAAGAUGGAGAAAAUUUCAUGUUGUCGGAAUCAUUUUCGAAUCAGGAACUCGGAGAAACCUCUUCGAUUUUUAUCAAUAAUCACGGAAGUCUUCAAUCUGAGAGAAAUAAAAAAUAUACAGAGAACAGACCGAAAAGAAGGGUUGUAGUAAACGGGCCUGAAUCUUCCCCACAAGAACGGCGAGAUAGCUACUCUAACAUAGACGAAUUAUUGUGUCAGCUUGGCUACAUGGUAGCUCAAACAAACAAAACGGAGGUGGAGCUGGAGACAAUCGAGGACUGGAAGGAAGUAGCCCACGUGGCCGACCGCGUGGCAUUCUUGAUCUUCCUACUUAUUACUCUGUUUUCCGCGUCCGUUGUUUUGAUUGCCAUUCCUUACUUUGUGCACGACAAACAUGAAGGUCUGUGACAAUUUCUUGUCUAAUUGAAAAUCUUGUGAAAUAGCUAAUACAGCAGUAUGUUGAUAAAAAAAC